AUCUUUUCUCGGUGUAAAUGACGUCUGCUUUUAAGACACCUGAAAUACUUCAGCAAGACAACUUAUCUAUGAAGCAUCACACAUGGGGCGUAUUCUUCAUCAUCGGAGGCUUAGUCUUGUUCCUAAUUUUGCUGAUUAUUAUUUUCGCCUUCCGGAAAUCAAUCAGAACAGCACAACUAGGAAAGUGUGUAAAACGUGAAGACAGCUGUAAAGCUGCAAAAGACUAUUUUAGUGGAAAACUUCAAACAAUAAGCUAUUUUAGCUUUCGAACAUUGAAGGAAGCAUCUAAGAAUUUUGAUGAGCGUAAUCUUCUUGGAGAAGGUGGAUUUGGACCCGUGUAUCUGGGUAAGUUACAAGAUGGAAGAUUGGUUGCUAUAAAGAAACUAUCUCUUGAAAAAUCACAACAAGGAGAAGAAGAGUUUCUUGCAGAAGUGAGAAUGAUCACAAGCAUACAACACAAGAACCUUUUACGCCUUCUUGGUUGUUGCUCUGAAGGACCUCAAAGAGUACUUGUAUAUGAAUACAUGAAGAACAGGAGUUUAGACCUCAUUAUUUAUGGAAAAAGCAACCAAUACUUGAAUUGGAACAUGAGAUUCCAAAUUAUAUUGGGAAUUGCUAGGGGUUUACAGUAUCUACAUGAAGAGUCACACCUCAGAAUUGUUCAUAGAGAUAUUAAAGCAAGCAAUAUUCUCCUUGAUGGAAAUUUUCAUCCAAGAAUUGGAGAUUUUGGUCUUGCUAGAUUCUUCCCUGAAAACCAAGCAUAUCUCAGUGCCACAUUAGCUGGAACAUUAGGUUAUACAGCCCCUGAAUAUGCAAUCAGAGGGGAAUUGUCUGAAAAGGCUGACAUUUAUAGUUUUGGAGUUUUGGUUCUUGAGAUUAUUAGUUGCAGGAAAAAUACUGAUCUUACACUGCCAUCAGAAAUGCAAUACCUCCCGGAAUAUGCAUGGAAGCUAUAUGAGAGGUCAAAAUUGAUUGAUCUCAUAGAUUCAAGAAUGCAAAAAGAUGGUUUUUCAGUAAAAGAUGUUAUGAAAACAAUUCAUAUGGCAUUAUUAUGUCUUCAAUCUCAUCCAAACAUAAGACCAGCAAUGUCAGAGAUAGUGGCAAUGUUGACUUGGAAGGUCGAAAUGGUAAAAUCACCAUUAAAACCAACCUUCUUGCACCAUAGACAACAACCAAAGGGCGAAGUUUCUAGGGAAACUAUCUCAGAUAGUUUUCCUUCUACUCUUGAAACUGAAUCACCUUCAUUAACUCAACCUCCAAACUCUAGAGAUUUUGAUGUAGGUGAAAAUAUAGUUUAAAAAAUGGUGGUUUAUGAUGACGAU